UUGAUUAAAGUCACUGACGUUGAAUAUCUCCGACCGACUAGACAGGGAUUUUCCUCUCUCCAUUUAACGCCUUUUUUCUGUUUGGGAAAGUGUUGUUAUUGUUUCGUUUCCUAUCCUUACACGGAACGGAAGCUAAUUACAACCUAAUUCUCCGAUUCCACUUUGAUUCUGAAAAUUUCCCGGUUGUAGUUCUCUUCCGUUCGGUAGAUCAGCCAUUGAUUCUUCCACUCUUCUCAUCCCUGAUUACUGUAUUCGUUUUUCCCAUCAUUGAAUUUCUCUGUUGCCUCAAGCAGCAAGCAAAAUGAGCUCCAUCUCUCUCUCCAAUUCGCAUGCUCUCGCGCGGGCUUAUCCUCAUCAUCUUCCUCACUCUCAGCGUCAGCAAUGGUGUCCUCGCCCUCUGCUUUCGUCCAAUUCUCUUUCUAAGCUACAGCGGUUUGGGAUCUCCGACCGAUACUCUGCUCGACCUCCCUUGCCUUUGGUUCUUGCUUCUUCUGGAGCUGGCGUAGUUGAUUCCUUUCCGAUCAGAGGAACAUAUACGGUUGGUGAUUUUAUGACGAGAAAGGAGAAUCUUUAUGUUGUUAAACCUACAACAACAGUUGAUGAAGCAUUAGAGGUCCUGGUGGAAAAGAGGAUAACUGGUUUUCCUGUUGUCGACGAUGAUUGGAAUUUGGUGGGAGUCGUCUCAGAUUAUGACUUAUUAGCACUCGAUUCCAUUUCAGGUGGUACGCAAAGUGAUACCAAUCUGUUCCCUGAUGUUGAUAGUUCGUGGAAAACAUUCAAUGAGAUUCAGAAACUGCUCAGUAAAACAAAUGGUAAAGUUGUUGGCGACCUGAUGACAUCUGCGCCACUAGCUGUUCGUGAAACUUCAAAUUUAGAAGAUGCUGCCAGGUUGUUGCUUGAAACAAAAUAUCGUCGGUUGCCAGUUGUAGAUGCAGAUGGCAGGCUGGUGGGGAUCAUUACUAGGGGAAAUGUUGUUAGAGCUGCUUUGCAGAUUAAACGGGCUGCUGAGAGGUCGACAUAAUUCUAGAACAUCGACUGGCAUCACUCUGAGGUAAACGCUACCCAGAAGCAUAGUAUUAUUUGUAGAUGAUGAAUGUAGUAUCUUAUAGUUUACACAGGGUUUGGAUUGUUACAAUUACCUGAAGUUGUGGGAUUCCAUCCUGAAGUAAACUAGAGCUUUGAAGGGAAGUUUAUUGAUUCUCUAAGAUUCUUUCUUCCCAAUUUCCUUACUAAGAAGUGUUGGUCUAUGUCAAUAUUGGGUAUCCCCAGCAUUUCAGGUCAGCCCACAGUAAGAUUUCUCUAUUAAGUUGGUCAUUAUAGUUUGGAACCUCAUUGUUUAAAAUUUUCAGACAUUUUGAAUAUAAUUAGCAUCGUUUUACUUCUUUUGGAUU